UCUUGUGCUGCCUUGCAAUCUUUGAGGCCGCCGUGGCUCAGCGCUGCCUGUUGUUGGUGCGAUUGGUGGUGGUGGUGGUGCGAUUAGUGACGGGAGGAAGGAGGCCGGGGAUUGAUAGAAGCGAGGGGAGGGGGAGGAGGUGGAGAAUGACGCUCGUUGGAGGCCAACUGACCUCAGUGCGGGAAAUGGCAAGUACUGCCGUGCUCGCGAACGCCAAUUCGGGUGUGGUGACGGCCUUUGCUGGUGCAGCGGCGGGGAAUGGUGGUCCUUUGAUGAUUUUCAGGGGUGCGCAAGGCCUUUCCAAGUUGCCGAUCUUGCCGAGUGUCGCGUCCGGGGAUAUGUUCCUGGCGAGUUGCUGGAAAUGUGGGAAUUAUUGCUCGCACGCUAAGCUAAACGGGCGGGACAGGAGAAAUGAAAUUAGAAAGUUUAUUGCCGCCUCGAAUCGUAACAUCCAGGCAGAAGCGAGCUUAUCUGGUGAUGGCGAAGAGGAGGAGAUCACGAAAUACUUCGAUUUCCUCGUAAUCGGAAGUGGAAUAGCAGGCUUGAGAUAUGCUCUGGAAGUUGCCAAGUACGGUUCAGUUGCAAUACUCACGAAGUCCGAACCGCACGAGAGUAACACUGUGUAUGCACAGGGAGGUGUUAGUGCUGUUUUAGAUCCCGAAGAUUCUGUAGAGAGUCACAUCCGAGACACGAUCGUCGCUGGUGCUUUCUUAUGUGAUGAGGAGACUGUAGAGGUCGUGUGUCGAGAAGGUCCAGAGCGUGUGAAAGAGUUGAUGGCUUGGGGUGCAUUGUUUGAUCAAAGUGAAGAUGGUCAGCUCCAUCUAGCUAGGGAAGGAGGCCACUCUCAUCAUCGCAUUGUUCAUGCGGCUGAUAUGACUGGGCGAGAGAUCGAGAGAGCUCUUUUGACUACCGUUUCUCAAAAUCCGGACAUUGUAAUUUUUAAACAUCAUGCUGCUGUGGAUCUUCUCACUCUUCAGGACGGGGACAGUGUAGUAUGCUAUGGUGUGGAUGCUCUAGAUACGCAGAAAAAUAAAGUUAUGCGUUUUCUAGCCGGAGUUACGAUGUUAGCAUCAGGAGGUGCAGGGCACGUUUAUCCUACUACGACCAAUCCUUUGGUGGCAACCGGCGAUGGAGUUGCUCUGGCACAACGGUCUCGUGCAGUGGUGUCUAACAUGGAAUUUGUACAGUUUCAUCCCACGGCUUUGGCGGAUGAAGGCUUACCAAUAAAACCUGCCAAACGGGACAAUGCAUUUCUGAUUACGGAAGCUGUGCGUGGAGCUGGAGGAAUUUUGUAUAACCAAAGUAUGGAGAGAUUUAUGCCAUUAUAUGACUCUCGCGCGGAGCUCGCACCUCGGGAUGUUGUGGCCCGGAGCAUUGAUGAUCAACUCAAGAAACGUAAUGAGAAAUUCGUUUAUCUGGAUAUCAGCCAUAAACCAGCCAGCGAGAUAAUGUCUCACUUUCCAAAUAUUGCUGCUGAGUGCCUGAAGUAUGGGCUGGAUAUUACGAAGCAACCCAUCCCUGUGGUACCUGCUGCACAUUACAUGUGUGGAGGCGUACAGACUGGUUUGGUGGGAGAGACCUCAAUCAAGGGGCUCUUUGCCGCUGGUGAAGUUACUUGUACCGGUUUGCACGGUGCAAAUAGACUUGCCAGCAAUUCCUUACUGGAGGCUUUAGUGUUUGCGGAGAGAGCUGUCGAGCCUUCAGUUGCUUACGCACUUCAGAGUAACAUUGGACGAUCGGAGGUGAAGCAAGCGAAGGAGUGGCCUCGUCCUACUGCUCCCUCAGCUUCAAAUGACUUGCAGAUGGAUGAGAUUCUCCGCAUUACAGCUUUGAAAAGGAAGCGAUUGCAACAAGCAAUGUGGGAUUUUGUCGGAAUUGUUCGGUCUACAGAGCGUCUCAAGCGUGCUCAAGCGGAGUUAAGGGAGCUGGAGUGUGAAUGGGAGGCACAACUCCUCAGACAUGGUUGGAAACCUACCAUGGUCAGCUUAGAGGUUUGUGAGAUGCGCAACUUGGUAUCGGUGUCCUACCUGAUUGUGAACAGCGCUCUCACACGGCAAGAGAGUCGUGGCCUUCAUUACACGACAAGCUUUCCAGAACUUGUUGAGAGCGAAAGGUUUCCUACCAUUCUUUGUCCGACCGCUGCAAUGAACAAUUCGUGGAGUUCACAGGUUGUUCACAGAUUGGCAAUAGAAUCUCAAUAACAUGGGCUUUGUGGAACUAAUUGAGAGUGAAAAAUUUCGAAUAAGGUGCAAAGUCUAGUAGGAUAGUUAAUGGGAUUGAUACCUGGAAAUCUGUGGUAAAUAGUGCAUGGGUAGGCAUGGGUAGUAUGCGUGGUGUAUGACAUGAUAAGCCUUAUUGGUGGUCAACGCAGAAGUCAACAAGACGUGCUUGUGGCUUUUUAUUACAUGAAGGGCUUUGUGGAACUAAUUGAGAGUGAAAAAUUUCUCUCCAUUUUUUGUUCGAUUUCUACAAUAAACUUUUUGUGGAGUUCGCAAGUUGUUCAUAGAUUGGUUAUGAUGGGACCUUAAUAAUACGGAAUAUUUUUACGAUCAA